AUGCAUCAACGCCUUGCUAUUUCUUUAACGCUAGUCAAGGGCGUUGUCAAAUAUGCUGGUAGCCUUUGACGCUCGGUAAAUCCAUGUUUUCGUCCCGUGUUAAAGAACGUCCACAGGGGAUUGGGGGGAGAGAACUUAGGAGCCCAACACACCCCUCCCCGUACAUUUUCGUGCCUAAUAUCCUCUUAGAUAGUAUGAAGCAAAAGUGUUGUCAUGGGCUCAUAUUUCGAGCCAUCUCCCUGACCUAGCCAUCAUCAUCGCGUUAAAUUGUCAAUCGAGGUUUCUAAAUAAGAAUUUAUUUAACUUCAAACGUUUAUUCUUACUUGCUCACCAGGUUGCCGAACCAGCUAAGCACAACAUGUGCUGACUAAGUAUUGAACUUAGAAUUGACUGCCAAGCCGUGGAAACUAAAUAAGGCCAUUUGUUUAUAGUUAAACUUACCUUCGACCACUGCAGUUGUUUUCUUGAGAGUUUUCUUAAAAUUUAGAAGAAGAAACAAGUCUUCAAAUCGGCGAGUUGUUCGGCUUGGUGCAAAACAAUUAAUAAAAUUUUUGCAUAAAUUACAGACGACGACUUCACCAUCAUAAAUAUUAAAAAUAGCACGCUUUUUGCGACGAGCCAAUGUGGACAGGCGAACAAAAGAAUCAAGCGAGGUUUUAAGAAAUUUUUCUACAAUCUUUUAUUAGCGAGGGCUUUUUCGAGAAAAGUAAGGCAGCUUAUGAUGUUAUCUUACUCUUUAAAGUGACAGAUCAGAGACAGGGAAAGUUACCUUCCAAACCUAAAAAUAAAGAAACGAUUUAGAAAGGAAUUUUCUAGUAACAUGUAAUUUAAAAACUGAAAUCAGUCUUACUGAGAGAAACUGGUACAUAUCCAAGCGACGGUUACUUCUAAAGAUGUAAUAAUUAAUAAUAAUAAUAAUAAUAAUAAUAGCGGGUCUUAUUACGGAUUUCGCGUACGCCUUAAUGCGUUCACAAAAAUGUCUAAAAUGUUAGUAAAUUAAAUGGUACUAAUAUUAAAUGUACAUGAAAUUUUCUAUGUCUAUCUGAAAUAGUUUUUAAAAUAAGAAAUAAUGAUGAUAGAGAAAAAUCAAAAUAAAAUAAUAUUAAACUUGUUCUAUGGUCCGUAACAGGCAACUGACAAAAUGUCUGUUUGAAGAGGAAUGCGUGUACGGGGCGCUCAGUGCUCGUUUGAUCUAAGUAUUUCCUAAUCCUACCUACAUUUCGCAGUGCAAGACUAUGCUGAGCUGCAAAUACUUUUGACGUGGCUUGAAUUCCUGAGGUAGCUAUCAAAAAUGAUUCCCAGAUUACGAGCUUUCUUACUGAUAAUGCUGACUUAAUUUAAUACUAGAAUAAGAAAGUGGAUGGGUUAGUUUUCUUAGGAUUGCAACUAAGCAUAUUAUCUGCGAAAAAUGCUUGAACAUCACGCAGGUGUUGUUCGAGAUUGGUAAUAGUGGUCUGCCUAUCUUCUGGAUUUACAGUUAUGUAAACUUGGGAGUCAUCGGCGUACAUCAUGCAGUUGAGGACGUAGGAUUCUAUAACGGUCUCUGAGUGGAGCAAAAUAUAGUAUGAAUAACAGGGGUCCCAGAACAGACCCCUGUAUGUUGGAACAUACGAAAGGUCAAGUUAUAUAGGGGGUGAAAUGCGUUUAUAUUUCGUUUAGAUCCAAGUCAAAUUUAGACGGAUUUGUAUGGAGUCAUCAGAGCACAACUGGGCUAAUAUCUCAGUGACAGCUUUCUCAGAAAUGCUAAUUUUUCACAAGUAUCCGUCUUGAACACUGUUCCGUCAGAAUAUCGUGACAAAUCCCAUGAUUUCACAAAUUUAAUUUUUAUGACGUCAUCACUUUAGAAGUCUAUUAAAGAACGAUUAUAUUUUGUUUACCGCCGGCAAUAAGUGAUUUGUGUGUAUGUGGUUUUUUUUCUAUUUUUCCUGAAAGAAAGUCUAAUCAUAUCUCUUGAUAUUUUUCUUUCAGAAUCCCUAGUAUGCAAACGUUAUAUUCAGUUCAGCUUCGACACAAAAACGUGGAACUCACCGCAAAUAAUCAGAUGCAAAGCAAAUUUAGCCCGCUCAAACGUCAGUGUAUCUCAGCAACACGUAAACAAAGCUACAUUCCGGAAAAAAAAAAGAUCUCUAUUUAAAGGAUAUGAUUACUAAUCAGGCCUGAUUAACGAUAUAUCCUAAUUACCUUUAGACACAGGAUUUGUGUCAGCUGUUGUGUGGCACUGGUCGGCACGAACAAAAUGAAAUUAACCGCUCGAGAAGUAUUUUGGCUAAUAAUUUUCUUAGCAUUCCUUUAUUAUAUUUAUAGAAACCUACAGUUGACCAGUUUGGUGUCUAGAAUGGGGAAUAGACCUGUGAAUUGCAAGGAAAGGGCCAAGGAGAUUCAACAGUUAGUGGACUUAGCACAUGAGGUGCAUAAUGUACUUGACGAACUUGGAAUUAAACACUGGUUGAUGUUUGGAUCACUUUGGGGCAUUCAAAGAAAACUCUACAAUCCACUUCCUUGGGAUGAUGAUGUAGAUAUGGGGCUCUCUGGAGAUGAUAUCCGCUAUCAGAGUCUGUCUCGGGAGAAAUUUCUGUCAGCCUUUACAGCCAAGGGUUUUACAUUAAAAGAGAAACUGGACCAAAAUGGUAUUAUGGCUAUAUACAACCAACAGAUAUGUCCUUUCGGCUGGGUCGAUAUCUACAUCUUUUAUGAUUACCGUGGUACUAUGAAGCGAAAAGGCUGGGAGACAUGGCUCGUACCUAUCAACUAUAAUCUUUACUCUUCCUUUCCCUCACGCGCUGUAGAGGGGUCUCUACCCAAGGCUCGAUUUGGUGAUUUUGAAAUGUUCGUACCCAAAGAUAUACUGCUUGUUCUUAAAAGUGUAUAUCCUUUCAGUUGGUGGGUUGUAGACAAACCACGAAACUGUAUAAACCAAUAGAUUACAGUAAAAACCCACCAGCAUCAACUGCAUUUUCUCGAGUAAACCUAAACAGGUUCUUACAUAAAUCUGAUGGCAAUUACCAAAAAAGUUAGGAUAUCUUUUUCAAAGGAAAACUUCUGUAGAAGAACUCCUUUCUUCGGAUAGUUUGACCUUUCCAGAUCUGAAUAUUAUAGUGAUAGAUUAAUAUAAACAAGGAAUCCGUUCUGUCAAAUUUACUUUCUUGCUUUGCGCGCUCUCUUUCCGCUUCUAAAACACUGCAUCAAAUUCUACUGGCCGAUGAUAGACUUUUUUAACGUACUGAAAACAACAUUUUCGUAUCUCCGAAAAGGAAUGUAUAUAUUUCAAACUUUAGUAUCCUUUAGUGAAAUAAUAAUAUGCUGGAAUUAACAACAACUUCGAACAUAAUGUGAAGCGAAGCGUGCGUUCCAUUUUUACACAUAGAGUGGAAGCCUAUGUGGAAAUCUACUGUAUUGAGAAAAAAUGUAGUUUUAUACAAAAAAAAUAUUCUUCAAACGACGGCGAGAACAUGCAGUCACAAUUCUUUUCAUAACUCUUAAUAUUUUCCCGCGAGGAGAACUGCAAAGACCAGUAUGACGACAAAGGCAAUUUCAUAUCCUAGUGUUGCCUUGUGCAAAAACAAACCUCGAGGACGAUUUUCAUGAAACUUGUUUUACUUGCGCAACCGUUUCACAGUUUCACACUGACAGAGCGUCUAGACCGCAAUGGCAUUGUGGGUAUAUUCAAUGAACGAAUAUGCCCCUCCAGCCAGAAUACUACGGCUAGAAUCUACUGUUGUAAAUCACCGAUGAAAUCAUUGGGCGGCAUUUUUGAGCGCAAGCAAUGCUUACACAUUGCUAGACGAACCAGACGGAAAUUUCAACUGCAGUUUGAGCCUCCAUGUUGAAAACACCACAUGCUGCGUAUUAAGGGUCUGCAAUGGUUAAUGGGAUUUUCCAAACGCGAGCAAAGGCGGAAAAAUCGUAAAAAAAAAAAACAUGCUAUCAGACGUGACUCGACUCAUGAGUGUCAUGGGCCACAGAGUAAACGUCUAUCAAUUAUACCCGGACCUAUAUCCUUUACCUCGCAACUGCGAAAAAUGGCGUAGCCAGCCAAGCCAUACUAUAACCUCACGCAUGACCAACCCCACCCCACACGCACGCACACACACACACAAACACACACAUUUUAUUUGUCUUUUACAAAGAUUGAAGUACAAUUGUAACAUGCCCGUGGGUAGCUAUGCUAAUUUAGACGGGUCAUGUUCUCAGGAAAUAAGUACAGCUAAAAGUAACAAGUUGACAUAAUAACUAGAGAAUACUAAUGCAAUAUUAAUAAUGACAACACAGUUAUGACUCGCUAAACUUCAUUAAUCAGAUUACAACCACCAGUUACUAAGAGGAAAAUAAAUUCAACUUAACCUUUUGGACGAUUUCGGAGAGAUCAGAACCCCUAAGAACGUAACGUCUGCGGGGAAGGUUAGCUAAGCCAGGAGUUCUACACAUUUAAAAAUAUGAGGCUGACUGUUCGGAAAUCAUUGAGGCUGUUAAGUUUCUUAAUCGUUCUUUAUUAUACUUAUAGAA